GACUUUAUAGCCGCACUCUACUCUUACUGUGGCGGAGCAGACAUGCCACACGAAACCAAGUCCUCGUUCCAAGAUCGACUAGCUGUAUCGGCAAUGCCACCCCCUGGACCUGCAUAUUUCAAUGCUCGACGAGCGUUAUGGUGGAUCCCAACUCAGGAUACACCUCGACCUGCGGAUCCAUCGCCUGCACGCCAGAGGCUUGAACAGAUGCUGAGCAAGGAAGGCGCAGAGGAGGAUGAUCUCAUUUGGUCUGCGGGCGUGGAGAGAGUCUGGCAAGGGCUUACUGGCGGUGCAGUACUCAAGAAGCGUUUGCCUCUCAACAUCGUGGUCAAACUGCUCUUGGCAGGAUGGAUUCGCGACGGAACCUGGCCCAGAGGGGAAGUUGCUCCAGAGCCAGACGACGAGCUCUUAGAAGUCGAUCAAUCAUAA